AUGAAGUCCCUAUCCCGCCCAUUUCUAGGAUGCCACCGUGGGAUAAAUACUGUUGUCAAUGUCAACUCAAAUAUUAGUGUUUUACAGCUUCCGGAAAGUUUUGAUAGAAAUGUUCCGGAAAGUGUUGUACAUGAGAAGCAAAUAUCAAAUAAUCGAAUUCAUUUACCGCCAUUAUUGUCUUCUUCAAGAACUUCCCAACAACAACAAAAUACUUAUAAUAGUUAUUGUAAUUUAUCGGAAAGUUAUGGUUCUCCUCAAAAAUUGGAUAAAAGUGAUUCUACUUUAAGUGAAAAAAGAUCUAGAGAAAGACCGAAAGAGAAAUUAUGCGAUACAAAAAAGUUUACAAUGGCUGAUUUGGUUAAAUGGCGUCCUAAAACAGAAAAUACAUUCAGAAAGAAAUGGUCCACAAAACGUAAAAAUGAUGAGGAGGAAAAAGCUUCAAUACUUUCAAAAACUGAUGAAUCUGCCGAUGAUUUAUCAACUAGUAAAUCUUUGACACCUAAAAAGGGAAUUAAUAUUGAUGAAGAAAAGGAGGAGAAACCGCCAACUUCAGGGCCUAGAGUCAGAAUAAAUGAACAAGGAGAAAUGGUAGUAGAUGAAGAUUCUUUAAUUGUUAUGCAAAAUCCAGAAAAUGUUCAACUGGAAACUGUUAUAAAUAAUGAUGUUGGUCCAAAGAAAUUGACAAGUAUGAGCUUUAGAAAGAGAAGUCGAGGGUGUAUUUGGAAUGUUUUGGAGACUGAUUUGUUUUAUGAAGUAUUAGCAGCAACAGGGACUGAUUUUGGUUUAAUGCAUGAAUUCAUUCCAAAUCGUACCCGGGUGGAAUUGAAACAAAAAUUUAAUAGGGAACAUCGUAUAAAUCCGAGACGAAUGGAUGAGGCUUUACGACACCCUGUUCUUUUGGAUGGACGCCUUCGACAACGAGUGGAACGAUUUCAUGCAGAAUUGGCUAAAUAA